GUAAUACGUCAAGAUCAUUACCCCUAUUAGAAGUUAAAAAAGAAAAUACCUUCGUCGACUUGCCUGAAGAUAUUUAUACUUCAAUAAAAAAUUUAAAUUUCUAUCACCAUACCAAUUCCAAUACUUGUGAAUUACAAUUUAAUGAUCAAGUUUAUGAACAAGAAUCUAUUACAAUUAAUUUAGAUGAAUACUUGAUAAAUGCUAUUGAUGAUUCAGAUAAACACUUAAUCGAUACUGUUGAU